CCAGGUGAGCUCCAGUAUGCCCAAACUAUGAUCUUUGCCAUAGAGGAGAUCAAUAACAGCUCUGAGCUGCUGCCAGGGCUGUCUCUGGGCUACAGGAUCUUUGACUCGUGUCCCAGCAUCCCCCUGUCUGUGCGGGCAUCCCUGGCUCUGAUGAAUGGAUAUGAGGAGGAGCCACAGAGCUGCACCAAGCCCUCCACUGUGCAUGCUGUCAUAGGGGAGACCACCUCCACCUCCACUAUAGCCAUGGCACGCACCAUGGGGCCCUUCCACAUACCAGUGCUCAGUCAUUCAGCCACCUGUGCUUGUCUGAGUAACAGAAGGCAAUACCCUUCAUUCUUCAGAACCAUCCCCAGUGACCACUACCAGAGCAGAGCCCUGGCCCAGCUGGUCAAACACUUUGGCUGGACCUGGGUGGGGGCCAUCAGAACCAACAGUGACUAUGGUAACAAUGGCAUGGCCACCUUCCUGAAAGCAGCGUCCAGUGAAGGGGUGUGUGUAGACUACUCAGUGGCAAUCUACAGGACCGACCCCAGAGAGUGGUUCCUGAAGGUGGUGGACAUCAUUAAACAGUCCACCUCCAAGGUGAUCGUGGCGUUUGCAGACGGCACAGACCUGGAAAUCCUGAUAAGAGAGCUGUACCUGCAGAAUGUGACGGGGUUGCAGUGGGUGGGUAGCGAGGGAUGGAUCACCUACCGUUACAUCGCCUCCCACGUCAACUACGCCGUGGUCCAGGGGGCGGUGGGCUUCGCCGUGCCCAACGCGGUCAUCCCCGGCCUGGGGGAGUUCUUGGCCAACAGGCGGCCCUCCACCCAGCUGGGGGACAGGGGUCUGGUGGAGUUGUGGGAGAGCGUGUUCAGCUGCAGCAUGACUCCUGGCUCUCCGGUCAGAGCCUGCACAGGGAGGGAGUCCCUGAGAGACACGGGCUCCCGCUACACAGAUGUGUCAGACGCUAGUCUGCUCAACAACAUCUAUAAGGCUGUGUACGCUGUGGCUCACGCUCUACACCUGCUCACUACCUGUCAGAGUGGACAGGGGCCAUUUCAAGAUAACACAUGUGCAGCCAGGGAUAAAAUAGAGCCGUGGCAG